UAAGCACGUCACGUUUAUUAAACGUUUUAACCACGUACUUUUUUGGUUUUUCCGUCCAAGGCUUUUUUAAACGUUUUUUAAACGCCUUAAAAACGUUGCAUAUAUCACGUAGUAUUUGAUACGUAGUUUACACGUAUUUUAAACGUAACAUAUUUUGAUUUUUAAACGUAAUAACUCAAUUAUAAGAUUUGGCGCACGGUUCAAGAAUUACAGAUUAAUUUGGAAUAUUUAAGCGCAUUUUUUUGGCAGCUAGUUAUAACUCUUGAAACAACAAACUUUUUUAUAAUUCUUGCAGCAAUUAUAACUCAAUAACUCUUGAAAUAGUUACAACUCUUGAAAAAACGAAAUAACCCAAACAAAACAACUUUUCAAAUAACGCUUAAGAAUUCGUUACAGAAAAUGUCAGAGGAUUCUCCAAUCGCCACACGAAAGCGUUCUCAUCCAAGUACAAGUUCAUCUUCUGCAUGGAGAGCACGCAGAGCAGCUGUUUUAAAUAUGUCUGAAGUACCUCAAAAUCCUAAUUUUUUGGAUCUCAGUUCUAUUAAGAAUGAUAUUAUUCAAAAUAAGAAUAAAGAAUAUACUUCAUCGGAUGAUGCUUCCAGUUGUAAUACUCAGAAUGCAAAUGCUAUAUAUUCAACAUCAGAUGAAAUUGCCAGUGAUAAUGAUAUGUUUGAAAAUUUGCUGCAGUCAGGAACAAAAAGUUUAUAUGAUGACCUUCUCUGUUCUAAAUUACGAGAUUGGGCUCUAAAAAACAGUUGCACACAAACUUGUAUAAAUGAAAUUUUAAAUCUUUUUUUGGAAAAUCAUCACAACGUGCCCAGAGACUCAAGAACAUUGUUAAAAACAAAAAGAAGCAUUCCUUCCACUAAAAUAGAUGGACAUGGAGAGUAUAUUUAUCUUGGUUUAAGAAAAGAAAUCACAAAUCAAGUUGUUUUACAUUCCAUUACGGAAACUACCUUAAACUUAUCUUUUAAUAUAGAUGGCCUCCCGUUAUUUAAAUCCAGUUCUACUCAACUGUGGCCAAUUGCAGUAUCUAUUAUAGAAUUUGACCCUUUUCUUGUUGGACUUUAUUGUGGAGAAAGCAAACCGCCCUGCGAUGUUUACUUGAGAGAAUUUGUUAAUGAGUUAUUAGAAUUACAAGACAGUCUUAUUGUAGUAAACAAUGUUCAUUACAAAGUUAAUAUUUAUUCAUUUAUUUGUGACGCUCCUGCUCGAGCUUUAUUAAAAGGUAUUGUUAGUCACUCAGGAUUUCAUUCUUGUGAGAGAUGUACCAUAGUGGGAGAAAGUAUAAGCAGUCGAACUGUUUUCUCAAUGAGAGAAGAAGGUGUUGUUUUAAGGACAAGUCAAAAAUUCAAAAAUGACGAGUAUUUUGAAAAAGAUUUAAAUGGAAGAGCACAUCAACACAGUAAAUCAGUUUUAAGAAAAGUUACAUCUGUAAAUUUUAUAAAUAUGUUCCCACUUGACUACAUGCACUUAGUGUGUCUAGGAUGCAUGCGUAGGCUGCUGUAUUUCCUUAAAGGAAAUAUCAAAGGAACUAUUAAGGGGAAAUUGUCCGCUAAUAUGAUGAACCAAAUUUCUGAAAAGCUUGCUGCUUUAAAUGGUAAACUACCGAGCGAGUUUGUCAGACAGCCUAGAUCACUGACUGAACUUGAUCGGUGGAAAGCUACUGAACUCAGAUCUUUUUUGCUAUAUACUGGUAUAGUUGCAUUAAAGGGGGUUGUUGACAGCUCUGUUUACAAGCAUUUUUUAAGUCUGUCUCUUGCGAUAAGGUUUUUAUGUGAAAGUGAUGAUGUAUUGAGAAACUCGAAUCUAGAAAAUGCUCAACAACUUAUUGAAUAUUUUGUUAUUAAUUCUAAUGAGAUUUAUGGAGAUUUGUUUUGUGUAUAUAAUGUACAUGGACUUUUACACAUUUGUGAUGAUGUAAAGUUUUAUGGAGUCUCGCUUGAUAAAUUGUCUGCCUUUAAGUUUGAAAACUAUCUUCAGAAAUUGAAAAGAUUAGUUCGCAGCAAACGUAACCCUUUGGCUCAAGUAUGUAAAAGAUUAGAUGAAAUGACUGACUACAAGCAAGUUAAAAAAGUGACAGGUAGAAUGACCACAACCAAAAAAGAUUCUUGUUUUUUAACUGAGGAUAGCAUUGUAUUUCUUCAAAAGUUAGUUAAUGAAGACCACUAUCAGUGUUUUUCUUAUAGCAUACAGUUUAUAGAUAAUUACUUUACUGCUUUUCUUCCUUCAAGAGAUAUUGGAAUCUACUUUGUCAGGAGUACAAUAAAACCUGUUGUUUGUGUUAUGCAGAAAAACAGCUUUUUGCGGAAAUGUAUUUUCAUGAAAGUUAAAGAUGGAUUUGUUGUUUCUGCUUUGGUGCAUUCUGUUGAGUUAAGUGGAGAAUGUUGAUAUGAUUUACAAGAACAACAUUUUAUGCAUAUACUUUUAUUUAUAAUUUUUAUUAAUAGAUUGUUGCCAGGUUACAUAAAAGUAUGAAUAGGAUUAAUUGAAUGAAUAUACGUAUUAAAUUUUAAUUGAUUUAGGUUACAUAUAAUAUUUAUAAAUAAAUAUUACUAACAGAGCCAUGUUUUCACAAGAACAACAUUUCAUACAUUUACUUUUGUUUAUAAUUUUUUUAAAUAGAUUAUUGCUGAAUUUAUGCACACAUUUUAAAAUGUUAAUAUGUAGGUAUAUAUUC